AUGAAAGGACAGUCAGUUGUUCUUAUAGAACUCAAAGCAGGCUCACAGGAAUUUACAGAUGUGGAAAAAGAGUUCAGAAAAACUGGACUAUCCAGCAACAUCAUUAAAAUUGAACGAGUCCAGAACUGCGCACUUUGGAGAAACUACAUGAUCAAAAAGGAGGAACUGGAAGACAAAAACAAGCACAAAAACAAUGAAAAGUGUCUCUUCCAUGGAACUGGCCCUCAUACGACCGAUCAGAUAAACAAUCAGGGGUUCAAUCGCAGCUUUGCUGGCAUGAAUGGAGCCAUGUAUGGGAAUGGUACAUAUUUUGCUGUGGACCCGUGUUACUCAGCAAAAGGCUACUGUAAAGCUGAUGCCAACGGACACAAACGCAUGUACCUCGCCAAAGUGCUUGUUGGUGAAUUCACUAAAGGAAAAAAAGGCCUUCGUACUCCUCCAAAAAGGAGUUCAAAAGGUGUUCAUCUUUAUGACAGUGUGACAGAUAAAACUAAAAACCCAUCCAUGUUUGUGGUCUUCAAUGAUGUGCAAGCUUACCCAGAAUACUUAAUCACAUUCCAGAAAAAAUGAAAUUUUACAGUUUAGUUCAAUCAGAAUUGAGAUGAAUUAAUGUGCAUUAUUGCCAUGCAGUUACAAUCUAUUUUUAUUCAACUUUCAGUGAUGGGCAGAAGGGCAACACUAUUUUUGAAAUCAUUCACAGCUUUUGACUAGUGAAAAUGUAUGUAAUUGAUUAAGUACCCAGACAACAUUGUGAAACACUACAACGUUAUACAAUGCUACUUCUCGAAAAAUAUUUUAAAUGUAUGAAAAUGAAUGUAAAAACUUCUG